CUACCAUCCAUCCUGCUCUCACACUGAACAAUAUCAAAACCCACAUCCCCAUCACUCUUGAUCUUAAAGAUGAUGAAUACUCCUCAUGGGUUUUCUUGUUUGAGCUUAACCUUGAGGCUCACAAUUUGAUGUUUCUAAUUGAUGGCGAAGCUGCCCCAAGCACCAUUGACGGCCCCACCCGCAAGCAAUUGGAUGCUCUAGUUCGUCAAUGGAUGUUCUCCACCAUGUCCAAAGACUUGAUGCUCACCGUCCUAAAAUCCGGCAAAACCGCCAAGGACCUAUGGGACCGUCUUAAGUCUCUCUUUCAAGACAAUAAAGGUACUCGUGCUGCACUGAUAGAAAGCAAGUUCGUUAAUCUCAAGUUUGUGGACUGUUCAAGUGUGGAUGACUACUGUGACAAACUCCACACCUUUGCUGACCCUUCAAGACCUGGGAUUUGCCAUGGAUGACAAACGGCUGGUCAUUCAACUGGUCAACGGUCUGCCGCCCGAAUAUGACACUGUGGCUUCCUUAAUUUCCCAAACAAUGCCUUUAUUUGAGGCUGCCCGUUCUCAAUUGCGUACGGAAGAACAACGUCGUGCCCAGCAAUCUGCGGUUACUUCUCCUACUGCACUGGCCGUUCCAGCAUCUCCUGGAGCAGCAGCUUAUCAAACGGAGCCUUCAGCAUCGAAUCAGGCCGCGGUAUACCAGACAGAAGCUUCAGCAUCCAAUCGGGUCUCCACUCCGACCCGACAGCCUCGGAUCUCUAGCAACCACCGCCGGAGCCGUUCAAACAAUCGACGCCCUAUGAGUUCUGAUUCGUCCGGCCACUCGUCCCCUGGUCAAUUUCUGGCUCCAGGUCACUCCCCUGCUGGCGCACCGCUGAUACCCGGUUAUCCCUCGCCGUGGCAGCCUCUCUGGGCGAUUCCGCCGUGCCCCUAUCCGACGGCAUCGCAGGGACCUCUCUGGACGCCUUCACCCGGUCGUCUCUCUGGUGCGCGAGGCCGUUCUGAGCGUCCUAUUGCGGCUGCUGCAAACUCAAAUCAAGGACAUGCCUAUUUCACUCCUACGGCAGAAACGUUGCAUCCAGAAGAUCUGGCCCAAGCCUACAUCUCUCUUUCCCUAAAGCAGCCAGAUAAUAAUUUUUAUAUGGACACAGGUGCUACUUCGCAUCUCACCGCGGAUUCAGGACCUGACUUCGGGGACAUGUAUUAUGAGAUGCAAUAGCACCGGGGAGCUAUAUCCUAUCACCACUAAUACAGUGGCUUCCAAGCCUAUACCUCUCUCACUUGCAGUUGUGUCACCAGAUCUUUGGCAUAAUCGACUUGGCCAUCCUGGCAAGGCGGUUAUGGAUUCACUUCGCACUCAAUCUUUAAUUAAUUGUAAUAAGGAAUAUAAUUCCAUACUUUGUCAUUCCUGUCAAAUUAGUAAACAUGUUAGGUUACCUUUUUUCCCUUCCGGGCCUAAUACUGUUGCUCCGUUUGACGUUAUUCAUAGUGAUUUAUGGACAUGUCCCAUUAAUAUUAGUACUGGUUUUCGGUAUUAUCUUCUUCUUUUAGAUGACUUUACUAAUUAUCUUUGGAUAUAC